UCAGUUAGCAGAUCUCCCAAAGGUAAGUUCAUUAUCUGUUACUAAUGAAAUUGAGUUGUGAAGUAUGGAGAUAGGAGUCUACAAAUUUGUGUUUUGUCUUAAGUUGGUGGGCCAAGCCAUGGUCGACAACCCUUCAUAAGUGACAAAGUGCAAUCUGAUGAUGUGGAAGCAGCAAUUGCAGUUUUGAGACACUCUGCUGAUGAAGACACUAUCCGUGAGAAGAUGAAAACGACCUUCAUUUAUCGCCAAGCAAUGGUCAAUGAUGAAAGCAAAGCAGCAGAUGUCUUCUUGGUCUUUCCACGGUUUCUGGACACACCAGGACUGAUAGAACAAGAUUUCAGACUCCUGUUUGGUGAGGCCACAGCCAACACAUUUUUGGAGAGGUGGCCAACCACUUUCAGAGCAAGAGUCAUAAAAGAAAGCCAUGGACUGGUGCCUACCACAGAGCUCUUGGAUUUAAUGCGCAAUGCUGAGUCAACCGCUGAAGUUGAGAAUGGGUGGGAUAGUGACAUGUCUGCGAUUUUGCUGCUGCUACAUCUGCUACCACCAUCUGCGCAAGGUCGAAAAAGGCCAGGAAAGAUAUCUGCAUCUCAAGCUGUAGAUCACCUCAUCAGAUUUCAAAAGGCUGGAACCAGCGUGCAACAACAUCUGGACAACAUCACCCAAAGCAGUCAGCCCUAUCUUCUUGCGCAGGGAUCCACCAGAAGCAGCAUUCACUCAUACUUCAUUGUGAUCGACAAGCACGCACUUCCAUGCAAGGCAACGGGGUCAGUGGGAGCCUUUGAUGAACUCAUUAAAGCCCAUUACGUCUUUGGUACGUCAUACAGUUCUUCCCUGAGCAGCUUUUUCACUUUUGUGCAAACGACCAUCUACAAUAUUGACAUUGGCGAAACAAAGGAAACUCCCAGGAUUGCAGAGUUGCGAGCAAGAAUGUUGCAUUGAGUGAAUAACUUUUCAGAUCGAACCAUGAGGUGUUUUCUUUGCAAAAGUGACCAUGGAAGUCCAAAGGGCCUU